AUGUCGUCCACCCGUGCACUUACAGAGGAUCAGGUUCAAGGUGAGCUCCUAAAGAUGGAAGCAUUCAUCACCAAGGAAGCUGAAGAAAAGGCAAAGGAGAUCAAGUUGAAGGCCGACGAGGAGUACGAGAUUGAAAAGGCGUCGAUUGUGCGGUCAGAAAUCAACGCCAUUGACUCCCAAUACGAAUCUAAAUUUAAAAAAGCGUCCCUGGCACAGCAAAUCACCAAAUCCACCAUUGCCAACAAAACGAGACUCAAGAUCCUCGCGACCAAGGAAGAGGCCUUGGACACUAUUUUCAAGGAGGCCGAGAUUGCGCUCGUUAAGCUGUCGCACGAUUCCAGCAAAUAUGGGAACAUUUUGAAAUUACUCAUCGAGGAAGGAUUAUAUGCACUUAUGGAGCCAAAGGUCACCGUGAGGGUGAGAAAGUCGGACGUUGAGCUGGCCAAAAAGGUCAGCGAAGAGGCGGCAAAGGACUUCAAAGAGAAGGACAACAUCGAUGUCUCCAUUUCCAUCGACGAAUCGUCGUACUUGAACGACGACUCUGCUGGUGGCUGCAUCAUCAUAAACGGAACGGGAAAGAUUGAGGUCAACAACACACUCGAGGAAAGACUUGCCUUGCUAUCGAAGACCGCACUUCCGGCCCUCAGACUCGAGCUAUUCGGUGUCUCUCCUAGCAGAAAGUUCUUCGAUUGA